UUAUACAUACAUACAUAUGUCAUUUGCAAACCAGGUUGUUCAAUGUUUCAAAAUUCCUUUUAACUUAUAUACAUAUAAAGAUAUGUAUGCGCAAACGGUCGUCAACGAGAGCAGAUAAAAACAGGACAAAUGGUAAAUUUAUCAAUUUAAACCUUGCUGUCAUUUGCGAUGCAUGCUAUUAUUAUUAAAGCAAUCCUAAGUACGAAGGCAAUGCUCUUAUCGCAACCAAUACGGAAGACAUCUGCAGAAUCUAAGCGGAAAUGGUACGCCGUGAAAUUAUUUUCAAGGAUAUGAAUCAGUUAUCUUUUGUAUAAAGAGGAGGCAGAUGACAGACAGAAGCAUCAGUCAAAGAACAGAUAUCAGCUAUGUUGGUGACGAUUCUGCCAUUUUUUCUAGUUGCAAAUAUUACUGUCGAUGAUGCCCAUCGGCAGUCCGAAUGGGCGAUGUACGGUCCGGAAUGCACGUACGACGUUCUCGUGAACAUGUCCCUGGCCAACAUCGUUCAGGAGAAUGACAAUUUCUGUUCUAUGACCGCCACCGAGCUCAAGUGUCGACCUAAGGGAGACGACAGUCUCAGCUGCCACUUCCAGAACUCUCGGAUCAAACGUCCCGAACCGAAUGACAAUAGAUGCUCGAACGCUAAGGAUUUUAUACCCACGAAAUACAAAUUCGUGGGCAAUGAGCCCUUCGAAAUCAGAUUCAAUUCGAGGGGUAUCGAGAAUCUGGUGGUGCCUAGGUCAAUUCCUAGAUAUAGGAUUGACAUGAUCAAGAUCAUAGUCAGCCAGCUGAACGUCGGUUUCGAGAUGCAGGAACGUCGCGAUAGAUUUACUAUUAUGGAAAAUUCGACAGUGGGUCACUGCGAAGUCGACGUUAAGAUCGUUACGGAUCCGAAUUCCGAGGAAAGUGAUGAUGAUUCUACCGAGAAGAACGAAAAUUUCGAGAUUGGAUUCAUGUCCUCGAGCGAAGACCUCGCGCGUUCUUUAGCCAUAGAAAGAUUUCAGGUGGAAAAAAUCCGACAGCCGAAAAAAUGUCCGCGAAGAACGAUAUACUUUUUUGGAAAUCAGGAGGAUUAUAGUCACGGUGACAGGCAACUUUACAUGGAUAUGACCACUUCCAUCAGUCAUAUCACGAUCUCAAGAGACAGAUUCGUAUCCUACACGAUGUCAGAGGGUGUAAUGAAAACGGUAAAUAAUUCGCGGAUUAUGCGACCUUACCAAAAGAUAAGUUUAAAAUUGAAGCGAAUAGAUCUUGCCCGAUCUUCCCUGCCAGAAAUCCAAAACCCAGCCUCGACGAGUCUAUUCGCUUUUUCAAAUCUACAAGCUAUUUCGGAAGACGCAUAAUCCAAAAUGUUCGUCAUAUUGAAGAAAAUCCAAAAAACCGUUUCACAGAUUUAUACAUGAAAAUUAGUUACAAAUUAUAUUCUAUAGUCGAUUAUGAAUAAUCAAUAUAUAUCGUCAAUAAUGACGUUU